AAGGUUGACUUUUCCUUUCGUGUGUUGUUGUCAAAAAGAAAGACUCAUCAUGCAGCUCUACAUUCGUGGCGAGCAAACUCACAUCCUUGAUGCUGAAAUCAGCGAGACAAUUGGAGAAUUGAAGGCAAAAUUGGCCAUUCUGUACAAUGAAGAAUGCGAAAACAUCAGCUUGGCCUGCGAGGGAACUCCCCUGAGCAGCGAUGACCAAGUUUCUUCUCUGACUUCCUGUGAAUUGGACCUCAACUUGGCCCUUCUCGGAGGCAAAGUUCACGGUUCCCUGGCUCGUGCAGGCAAAGUCAAGGGGCAGACUCCAAAGGUGGAUAAGCAGGAAAAGAAAAAGAAGAAGACAGGACGUGCCAAGAGGAGGAUCCAGUACAAUAGGCGCUUCGUGAAUGUCGUCCAAUCCUUCGGAAGGCGCAGGGGACCCAAUGCAAAAUCGUAAUGUGAGAACAUUUUGAUUUUUUCUCUGGUGAAUAAUAUAACAUUCAAAAAGGAUUCCCUGAAA